UCGCGAUAAGUGCCAUGCCUUUACCUUGGGUUUCGCAUGAAAACAGCUAAAGUCUGCGGGCUUUAAGAACAACUUUACCCGGGAGAGAUGAGUGUUACACUCACAGAGGGGGCGGUUGAAGCCCUGCUCAAAGGCUCACACAUGAACAAUCCCGUGCUGCAGAUGCUGAGCAUGCGUCAAAUCAGUAACACCACAGGCCCAACCAGGUUCCGGCUUAUGAUGAGUGACGGUCAGCACUAUUGGUCUUCCUUCCUGUUGGCCACCCAGUUAAACAAACUGGCAGAAGAGAACCUCCUGUUACCAAACUGUGUGUGUAUGCUGACCAAGACCAUCACCAACACAUUGGCAGAUGGCAGGCAUGUGGUGGUUGUGAUGGGCAUGGACAUAUUGCAAUCAGCUGAGGAAACUGGAGGGAAGAUAGGGAAUCCCACUCCGUUUAAUACAGAUGAAAAGUCGUCAUCUCCGCAGAAGUUUGCCUCAAGCACCUCUGCCUCACCAAGCCCUUCAUCAGCUGCAGUACCUGGACCCUCCUAUGUCAACAACAGCACAGCCCCUUGUCCUCCCCGAGGCCGUGGAAGUGGUUUUGUGGGAAAGUCGCCCAUGCAGGCUUCACCCAUGAAGGCUUCACCCUCAAAGUUUUCACCCAUGCAGGCUUCACCCAUGAAGGCCUCACCCUCAAAGUUUUCACCCAUGCAGGCUUCACCCAUGAAGGCUUCACCCUCAAAGUUUUCACCCAUGAAGGCCUCACCCUCAAAGUUUUCACCCAUGAAGGCUUCACCCUCAAAGUUUUCACCCAUGAAGGCUUCAUCCAGCUCAUCUCCAGGUUCUUCAACUAAAGUGAUUCCGAUUGCUACCCUCAACCCCUACCAAAGCAAGUGGACUAUCAGAGCCCGAGUCACCAACAAGUCCAAAGUCCGCACCUGGAGUAACUCAAAAGGAGAGGGCAAGCUCUUCUCCUUUGACAUAGUGGAUGAGAGUGGAGAAAUCAAGAUCACAGCCUUCAACAAGGAGGUGGACAAGUUUUUCUCUCUAGUGGAGCAAGGCAAGGUGUACUACAUCUCCAAGGCUACACUGAAGGUGGCCAACAAACAGUACACCACGCUGAAGAACGACUACGAGAUGACCCUCCAUGCUCAUUCAUCCAUUGUACCAUGUGAUGACAGUCAGGACGUCCCCACGGUGCACUGUGACUUUGUGCCCAUCGCAGAGCUGGAGAACAGAGACAAGGACUCCAUCAUUGAUGUCAUUGGAGUGUGUAAGAGUGUGGAGGAUGUAUCCCGUAUCACCACUAAGACCAGCAGAGAAGUCUCCAAGAGGGCCCUCAACCUAAUAGACACAACUGGCAAAGUGGUGACAGUCACACUGUGGGGAGAGGAGGCAGAGAAGUUUGACGGCUCAGGGCAGCCUGUGGUCGCCAUCAAAGGAGCUCGCUUGUCUGAUUUUGGGGGCAGAUCUCUCUCUGCUUUGUUCAGCUCAACAGUCAUGGUCAACCCAGACAUACCGGAGGCCUUUAGAUUGAGGGCCUGGUAUGACCGGACAGGCUAUGCGCUCCAUAGCCAGUCCCUGACAGAGACGAGGUCCGUGGGCAGCGGAGCAAAGAUGAACUGGAAAACACUGAGCGACGUGAAGAAUGAACACAUGGGACAAGGAGAGAAGGCAGACUAUUUCAGCUGCGUGGCGACGGUGCUGUACAUUCGUAAGGAGAAUUGUCUGUACCAGGCCUGUCCAUCUGCAGACUGCAACAAGAAGGUCAUAGACCAACAGAACGGACUGUACCGCUGCGAAAAGUGUAACCGAGAGUUCCCCAACUUUAAAUAUAGACUCCUACUUUCUGCCAACUUAGCAGACUUCGGGGAUAACCAGUGGGUGACAUGCUUCCAGGAGACAGCUGAGGUCCUGUUGGGUCACAGUGCAGAAACACUGGGGGAGCUAAGAGACACAGACGAGACUGCAUUUGAUGAAGUCUUCCAGAGAACUAACUUCACAGAGCACAUCUUUAAAAACAGAGUCAAGCUGGAGACGUACAAUGAUGAAAGUCGAGUGAAGGUAACGGUAAUGGAAGUUCAACCAAUCGACCACAGGGAAUACAGCAGGAGACUCCUCAGUAACAUCCGAAAAUUGGCCAGCUGAACUUGGUCCCAGUCAUCCAAAUGGCUGCCUGGUAAUUAAACAUGUCUUUGACUGGUCUCUGACCAGUCUGACUUUUUCCACCAGCAAGAUAACAGCGUAUCUGACAGAGGCGGCAGAGGGGCAGCCAGUGAUUCAUCUGAUUUAAAUGGCAGCCAGACAAAGGACUGAUAUUUAGUUGUUCACUUCCUUCAUUUCGGUUCAACAGAACAGUUGUGAAACACUGAAAAAUGGUUGGAAAUGACUUUUACCUUUAAUUUAAUGGCAUUUUAAGAAAGAAGUUUGUCUGUUAUAGAUUAAUGUAUUUUAUACCUGCUUACAUUUAUGUCUUUUGUGUGUUGUAUCAAUUCAUGUCCCUUCUUGCCCUUAUUUCUUCUUUUACAAAUGACUCAUGUUUUUGAUUUCAAUGUGUUGGUGAUGUUCUGUUAGCUGAGUAAGACUUAGAUGAGUCAGAACUAUUUACUUUUCAUUGUUUCAUUUUAAAAAUGAAGGCGUGGCAAAGGGGGUGUGGGAGAUGCAUGUUUUUGCAUGUUUUUUUAAGUGUAUUCACAUUGUUUUACUGCUUGUUAAAAGGAUUCUUUGUUUUAGUUUUUUUUUUAAUUUGGUUUGCUGUGUGACCUCCAAAAAUAUCCAGUAAGAAAAAAGUUAUU